AUCGCUUAAUAAUUUGAUAUGUUUUGACAUAUGUAAAAUACCUUGCAACAAAAAGAGGAACGCCUACUAAAUUGGCAACCGGUAAUUAAUAACUAUAAAUCGCGGACUAUAAAAGCAUUCCGAAUUCCUCCUCUCGACAGUUACUUCAUAGCCUUAACCAUUUAAUAUCAUAGAUGUUCCGACACUUUAAGCUUAUCUAUCCGGUUCCUUUAUCGGAGCCUAUGAGAUCUAGGGACUCGAAUGCAUUUCUAAAGGAGACACUGCGAAAUUCUGGCCUAGAUGUGGACAACGACUUCGGUAUAGGCCGCAAGAUUAUCAGGUUUUUUUCUUUCACCUACAAUAUGGUGAUACUUCCCAUAAGUUAUCCCAUAAACUACGUGAUCUAUCGUUCGGAGUUCCCGCCGGAGCUGCUGCUACAAUCCCUGCAAUUGUGCCUCAACGCAUGGUGCUUUGCUCUGAAGUUCUUCGCUUUGAUAGUCUACAUGAACCGUUUGGAACUGGCCAAUAAGCACUUAGACGAAUUGGAUGAGUACUGCGUGAAGCCGGCGGAGAAGCGCAAGGUACGCGAAAUGGUGGCCGCCGUUAGCAGGCUGUACCUGAUCUUCGUCGCGGUCUACGGCUUCUACGCCACCUCCUCGCUUGUGGACGGACUUUUGCACAACCGUGUUCCCUACAAUACGUACUAUCCGUUCGUAAACUGGCGAGUUGAUCGGGCCCAGCUGUACAUCCAGAGUUUUCUGGAAUAUAUCACCGUGGGUUGGGCCAUAUAUGGGUCCUCAGCCACCGAUUCAUACCCUGUGAUUUACGUGGCAGCCCUGCGUACUCAUAUUCUGUUGCUCAAGGAUCGUAUCAUUUACUUGGGAGAUCCCAGCAACGAGGGUAGCACCGACCCGAGCUACAUGCUUAAAACGUUGGUGGAUUGUAUCAAGGCUCACAGAACCAUGCUAAAUUUUUGUGAUGCCAUUCAACCCAUCAUCUCUGUCACGAUAUUUGCUCAAUUCAUCAUUUGCGGAUCGAUUCUGGGGGUCACUAUGAUCAACAUGGUGUGGUUCGCUGAUCAAUCGACCCGAUUUGGCAUAGUAACCUACGUUAUGGCCGUGCUUCUGCAGACGUUUCCGCUUUGCUUUUACUGCAACGCCAUCGUGGAUGACUGCAACGAGGUGGCCGACGCUCUUUUCCAUUCCGCCUGGUGGGUGCAGAACAAGCGGUACCAUCGGACCCUCAUUCAGUUCCUGCAGAAACUGCAGCAACCCAUGACCUUCACAGCCAUGAACAUAUUCAAAAUAAAUCUGGCCACUAACAUAAAUGUAGCCAAGUUUGCCUUCACCGUCUACGCCAUUGCGAGCAGUAUGAACCUGAACCAAAAGUUAAGCAUUCAGCAGUAGAAAAGAAUACUCAAUAAAAAUGACCGCACCAAAGGUAAACGUACAUAGUUUUGUGAACUAAACACUUUUUUGCUUCGUAGAAUUAUAAUAAUCGUAUAUGCAUACAGCGAAUUAUGAAUAAACGUAAGCUAGUUAAAAC